CGCCAGGAACGGGGACGAGAAACGAGGCGAGGUUGGCCGAAAGAAGAGCUGAGUCACGUGUUAUGAUAGCAUCGUCUACCGUCUGCUGCGCUGCAUCAUAAGCUGAUGGAGAACUAGGAUGACGACGAAAAACUGCGGUGAUAAGGAACUGAUGCCACAUCUAACAUCUUGACCGAAGAAGGAUAAACCGUGACAACCAUGUAUGUCCCAAGUCUUCGUUUUCUUUACUACACCAUCGGGGUGACUGGACUCACCAUCUUUGCCUCAACCUUCUACAUGGUCCGUCACGUGAUCAACGGAAGUCAGCUACUCCGGGGUCGGACCGUAUCCAUAUUCAGUUUCGACCGUCUGUUCACAAAUCGGACUGUGUACGAUCCCCGCGCUUCCAUUUACGGAGGGAGGGCGGGUGAACCCAGGAAGGAAUCUUGUGUCAGCUGUUUCAGACUUCCGUUCAAGCCUGUCAUCAAUGCAAACGAGAUAUGCCGCGUUCGCGACGGCCAGGGGAUAGACAUGCUGUUGAUGAUUACUUCGACGCAGGAGAGGCGUAAACACCGCGAUAUGAUUCGGAGAACCUGGGCCAGUAUCACUCGGAAUAACACAGCUAAUGUCCGCCAUGUUUUUCUGUUUGGUCGCCAGGGUACCAAGUUAAAGAAUGACUUUCUUCACGAGGAGGCUGUCCAAUACAACGACAUUGUUGUAGGCAACUUUCGUGAUUCCUACCGGAACUUAACCAUAAAGACUCUGAUGGGUCUAAAAUGGGUCACAAACCAUUGCUCAAAUUCUAAAUACAUCUUUAAAACGGACGACGAUAUGUGGCUAUCUGUUCCCAAGAUUCUAGAAAUUCCCAAGAAAUUUGACUUGAGAAAUUCACUUGCUGGUAUGUGUUUAGAGGUGGGGUGGCCACACAGGAACAAGGGUUCUAAGUGGUACGCCUCCUACAUAUCAUACCCAGGGGCAACCUACCCCGGAUUCUGUACGGGUACUGCCUAUCUAAUGACAACCAAGACUGCCAAAGCUGUCGUAAAGAUUUCUCCUCAUGUCCCGUUCUUCCAUCUCGAGGACGUGUACGUCGCUCUCUGUAUCAAACGCCUACGUUACAAACUCGUCAACGUCCCCGGUUUCUACAACAUGAAAGCGGACUUUGACCCCUGUAAGUACCAGUCAGAGGUCAUCACUAGUCAUUACGUGACAACCGAUGACAUUGAGAGAGCCUGGACUAAGAACUGCACAGUCAACGAAUCGGAGCCGGCGAACGUCGUGCGAUUACCAGAAUCACUCGAGGUACCUGCAGAUGAUAGUAACAUAAAAAUAAAACUCGGGGUCUCCGAUCAUGACGCCAAAACAUAUCUGAUGAAAAGUGAUCAGGAUAAAAUAAUUGGAAAAGUCAAUAUAGCUGAAAUCAAAAAGUCUAAGAUGGCCGCAUCUUUUUUUAAAUUGUCUUCUGGUGUGAGAAAUGUGAAGAGACCACGUUCGUGAUUAUAGUCGGAGUAUUACAUGUAUGUUGUACCCUCCGUUGGUGUGAUACAAGGAAGGGGAAGCCAGGAAAAUAAGGGAUACGCCGGCUUUGUAUACAAUAAUAUUCCAAAUAGUGGUCUUAAGUUCGACUUGGAGAACAAUCAUCGCAUAAAUAUCAGGGAGUAUAAGGUUCUCGAACCUGACGACUGAUCUACGGGCGUUCUACCACUGUUUUUCGUACAUUGGAGUAUUAAGUGCCCGAUCUAUAAGAAUAUCCAGGUGGAAAAUCUAAGACACGUGUUCGUCAUUACCAUUUUUUUAAAAUCUUCGUUGCUUUGGAUGCGUUGUGGAUGUCCGCAUCGGUAUUUCGCGCUCAGCCAACGAUGAUAUACCAUUGGUGUUUUUUCUGAUUGAGUGCGAAUGAUAAAAUGACAUAGCGAUGGAUAUCUGAGAACAUGCAUAAUGACUUAGACAGUCUUCCAAUGGUGAAUAUUCAUGUAAGAGGAUAACGAACCUUCACUAUAUACACGACUGACGUUAUUUAAUAGUGGUGCUGCAGUUUUAGUAUUUAUCAUUAGGCUUAAUUUCGUUCUUAACUGUAAAAUGCUCUAGGAAAUGGACUAAAAACCGCAUAAUAUUGGACAGUGAGGUCUCAGAUCCGAAUGAGACCUCGCUCGAAAUCUUUCCAUCACGAUAUUUCUUGUUGAUAUCGGUGGAUUAUAUCUUCUGCAAUAAUUGCACCUUAUGCGUUACUUGAGUCGCUCUAAUAUGUCGUCUCGGUAUAUGUAUAUAGGGUAUCAAGUUUAAAAUAA